UAAAACGCAUCUCUUGGGAUUCAUAUUCCAUUCUUCCUUCAAGGGAAGCUUUAUGGAAUUGAAAUUAGCAUUAGGGGAGUGGUCAGGCAGGUUCGACAUGGAGAAAGCAGUUUGCAAUCAUGGUUUCUUCAUGAUGUCUCCCAACCUUUGGAUCCCUUCCACUAAAUCCCUUCGCCGUCCACUUCGACUCGCAGACUCUACUCGCUCCGUUCCCGUCACCAUCUCACACCCUCUCCAUCACCCUUUCCUCCUUAUACAAGUCCAUCACUCCCCCAUCUCCUCUGCCGAUGAAGCUGUUAUUUUGGAACAAGUUGGAAGAAUGCUUAGAAUAUCAAAGAAAGAUGAGAGGGACGUGACGGAAUUUCAAGAAAUGCAUUCAUCGGCGAGGGAGAAUGGUUUGGGUCGAAUAUUUCGGUCCCCUUCCUUUUUCGAAGAUGCUGUCAAGUCCAUCCUUCUCUGCAACUGCAGCUGGAAGAGGUCAUUGGACAUGGCUCGGGAUCUCUGCCUGCUUCAGCCAAAAAUAGCAUUGGAUGGCAAUGCUCGUUCGAAACGAAAAAGAUCCAAGUGUUCAGAUGAUAUAGGGAAUUUUCCAAGCUGGAAAGAGCUGGUAGCAUGGUCUUGGGUGGAUGAGAAGUACCUAAUAAAACAGUGCAAUGUUGGGUAUAGAGCUGCCCGUAUUCUUCAACUUGCUACAAUGUUUGCCCAGGGGGAUCUUCGUGAGGAUCACAUCGCCAAACUUGAACAAUCUUCGGAUCCAACAUCCUUUGAGACUUUAUAUCAAAAGUUGUUGAAAAUCAAAGGUUUUGGUCCCUUUGUCUGUUCCAAUAUUAUGAUGUGUGUCGGAUUUUAUCAAAGGAUUCCCUCCGAUUCUGAAACUAUCAGGCACUUGAAACAGGUACAUGGCAAGCAAAAUUGCUCUAAACAGACAAUUGGAAAAGAUGUUGAGGAAAUUUAUGGCAAAUAUAAUCCAUUUCAAUGCUUGGCAUACUGGUGAGGAAACAAGGGUGGAAUUGAUUGAGGAAUAUGAAAACAAAUUUGGGAAGCUGAGUAAGCUGGAAGCUGGCAACUAUCAUCUUAUUACUGCCCCUCGCUACUUAGGGACUAGGGAGUAAUUAAUUCAACUGGUUAAUUGUCUAAUUUCACAAUAUUUAUCUGCUUAAAACUACCCAUAGUGUUUCCUUAACCCUUAAAAUAGAAAGAUAAUACGUUUUUCAGCACA